AUGAAGUACACUGGUGUCGCCGCUAUGGGCUUGAUGGGCUGUGCCCUCGCUUUGCCCCAGGGUCCUCCUCCUCCGGCCUCCGGCCUGCCUGCUCCAUCGGGUCCUAUCCCAUCGGGAUUCCCAACUCCCUCUGGUCCUCCCCCGCCACCUGCUAGCAGCAUUGAGGCCCGUCAAUUCGGCUUCCCUACCGGAGCGCCUUCUGGCACUCCCUCCGGUUUCCCCAUUCCUACCGGUUUCCCUACUGGCUUCCCCGGUGAGAAGCGUCAGUUCGGCGAGCCAUCCGGCUUCCCUACCAGCUUCCCUACUCCCUCAGGCCCCAUCCCUACCGGCUUCCCGACUCCUUCUGGCCCUCCUCCCGACAUUGAGGCCCGUCAGUUCGGUAUCCCCUCCGACCUCCCCAUUCCUUCCGGCUUCCCCAGCUUCUCUAUCCCAUCUGGCCUCCCCACCGGCCUUCCCUUCGGCAAGCGCCAGUUCGGUGAGCCCUCUGGCUUCCCUACCCCAUCGGGCCCUCCCCCCCAGUGGAUUCCCUACCCCCUCGGGCCCUCCCCCUAG